CGAGAUCGUUUUUCUGGCUCUGAUGCCAUGUUAAACACGGCUGAAUUGAAUAGUAAGGGAAUUUCUUAUUCACUGGAUUAAUUUUCAUUACACAUUAGGCACCACUUUAUAGUAUAAGGAAUAUACAAGGUAAAUAUUCUCUAAUUACUCUAAUUGAUUGCUAUCUCCUAUGUAUGGUAAGGUAUAAUCUUGAGCAUAUCUCUUGUGUAAUUAGGAGAAUAUCUCGUGAUCUCCUCAAUCUUCUCCAACAAGUAUGAAUGAAGCACUAGCAGCUCCGAUCACUACCAUUUCCUUUCCCACUUCUUCGCUGACAUAUCUAAAUUUAAAAUUCAAACUGCUGCUACAAUUCUACGAUUCAGAGCUAUUAGGUCUAAAACCCCUCAUUUCAAUUCAAUCUCCGCCUCUUAUGAAGAGUGAUUUGGAAGAGCGGGUGGCAAGGAUGGAGCUGAAAGGGAGUCCCGCCGAGUGGGCCCCUCACUCGCGCUGCUGGAUCGGCUGGCCUGAACGGCCAGACAAUUGGCGUGAUAAUGCCGUGCAUGCUCAACGCGUCUUUACUAAAGUGGAAACUGCAAGUUCAAGAUUUGAACCAGUUACUGUAUGUGCCAGUUCUGUGCAGUGGAAGAAUGCGCGUGGUCACUUGCCGGAACAUAUCAGGGUGGUUGAGAUGAGCAUGAAUGACUCUUGGCUUCGUGACUUUGGCCCAACGUUUGUUAUCAGAAAUAGUUUCUCUGAUAAAGAGAAGUUAGGCAGCAAGGUUGCAGGAAUUGACUGGAACUUCAAUGGCUAUGGUGGCAUGGAUGAAGGUUGUUAUGAUGAUUGGAGCCUUGACUUACUUAUAGCUCAUAAGGUUCUGGAAAUUGAAAAUGUUCCAAGGUUUUCUCAUUCUAUGAUUCUUGAAGGUGGAAGCAUUGAUGUUGAUGGAGAAGGUCCUUUCCAUGUACUGGCAUACAGAAAACUGCUAGUGACCAAUUCAAUGCUUUUUUUCUCCACCCUAGCUAAAUAUUCAACCUUCAUCAUUCACUUAUAAUAUUUGGUUGAUGUCUGAGUCCAGAUUGUCAGACUCGAAGAUGCUCGUGAGAUUGUGCUUGGCGGAGGAAAUGUACAUUGCAUCACCCAGCAGCAACCAGCUUCGCCAUAAAUCUAAAGCUUCAAGGGCAGCAAUUACAACAACGUCGUGAGAUUAUACAUAAAAUUUAUUUGUUAAAAUGCAGUCUCAAAUAAAAAAGUGACAUUAUUAAAAUUAAGUUGCAUUGUAAUAUACUUUCAUCUUUCGAGAAUGUAGAUUUAUGAAUGGAUCAUAUCCUAGAAAA